CAUCUCGCCUCGACAUUUAUCCUUUGAGUCUGACCCGGAAGUAUUAUCAGUAAUUCAUGGCGUGUGCUCGGAACAUGAAGUUCUCGUCCUGUUAAUGCUGGCUUGUGUACAUGUCGGAGUUCAGUACCGUAGCUGUAGCUGUAUUUAUGAAAGACCUUUACAGCAAGUUUCUGUCUGCAGUAUUGAGAGGAACCUGACGCUUUGGAGACAUGGUGGGUUACGACCCCGGAGCUCAGGGAUCAGCGCUCUCCUCACAGGAAGCAGCCCUUGCUGGGUCAGCUGCUGGGAUGGUCACCCGAGCCCUCGUCAGCCCCUUUGAUGUCAUUAAAAUCAGAUUUCAGCUGCAGAUUGAGUGCGUGUCUUCACAGAGGCGGGAGGGAAGAUACUGGGGGUUAUUUCAGGCAGCUCGUCGCAUCCAUGCAGAGGAGGGGCUCUUUGCUUUCUGGAAGGGACACAUCCCUGCACAGCUCCUCUCCGUGUGUUUCGGGGCUGUCCAGUUUGCCAGUUUUGAGUGUCUGACUGAGGUGGUCCACAAGAUGACGCCAUAUGAGAGCCAGACGGCAGGAGUACACUUUGUGUGUGGCGGGGUGGCUGCCUGCUCUGCUACAGUGGUCUGCCAGCCUCUGGACACACUGCGCACGCGCUUUGCAGCUCAGGGAGAACCUAAGGUGUACAGGAACCUUCGAAAUGCUGUGUUUACAAUGUGCCGCUCAGAGGGAGUCUUGACGUUUUACCGUGGCCUGUCUCCUACACUGGUGGCAGUGUUUCCUUAUGCUGGACUGCAGUUCUUUUUCUACAAUGUCUUUAAAAAGAUGUUGGAUCCACCUUCCAAAACCGGAAACUCAGGAGGAAACCUGAGAAGCCUGGUAUGUGGCAGUGGAGCUGGAAUGAUAAGCAAAACAAUCACGUACCCCUUUGACCUCUUCAAGAAGAGACUGCAGGUUGGGGGCUUUGAGGAAGCCAGAGCUCGCUUUGGACAGGUGCGGAGUUACAGAGGCCUGGUGGACUGCGCUGUUCAAAUAGCCAAAGAGGAGGGUGUCCGAGGCUUCUUUAAAGGCCUCUCUCCCAGCCUCGUGAAGGCUGCACUGUCAACAGGCUUCACUUUCUUUUGGUAUGAAUUCUUCCUUAAUGCCAUGCGUAACCUCAAGGAGAGACAGAGAGAGAAUAGUUUCACCAAAGAUGCAGAGGACAGUUAACGAGGGAACAGCGGCACAAUCACGCACACAGGAAGUGAAGUCAUGCCUUGUUCUUUGCUUGCACUUGGACAUUUAUCAACCGGGUCGAUUUACACAUAAGGAUGGAAAAACAAAACCUAACUUUAUUUGUUGUUGUGGUGUCAUUAUACCUCAGUUGUACAAACACUUAUUUUUCAACAAAUGUAUUUAAUAUUUUAUCCUGUGUUUUUAAGGUUUAUAUAUUCUUGCUUUUAAAAGAAAUAUGGCAUAAUAACAUUUUGUGGUCAAACUGAACUUUGCACAUUUUAAGCUCCAACUUUUGUUAAGGAAACAAGGCGUAACUUUGUCGUUGUUGACUCACAUUUUUGACAUUUAGUCAUUAAUCUGGAGUAGAGAAUUGAGUAAAAUUUGCUUUGGGAUUAUGUGGUGGUAUUGUUUAUAGAUAAAAAACAUGAGCCACAUGAGUGUAAUAUUUAUUGUAUUAUGUUUUGUGAUGGGGAAAGAAGCAUUCUGUAGAGUGUAGGCCAAACACACUGUUCAUUAAGAGUAUAGAGUUAGUUUGUGACACUUAGUUAAACUCUUAAAAGUCAUGUGUUGUUUGCCAACAUCUCUGUCAAGCACUGAAACCUUCAGGUCAUCAUUUUUUAAAAUAAAAUGUUCAAAAUUUUUGUAAAA